AUGAUAAUAUGCAUACACAGCAAUGGCAUCGAUUUUGGAAUGGGCAAGAGCAGCGACCAGAAGAACACCAUCCCCGCCAUUACGGUUCCCCACAACGGGUCGUUGGAACGCUUGGAUAUGGAGCGAAGUCCACAGUCUGCUCAUGAACACGUUUCCCUGAAAACCUACACCCGUGAUAGAGAUCCAAAGGAAGAGUUUGAGAUUUAUAAACGUCUAAGGAAAGGCAACAAUUCUCAUCCCGGGUUUCGACAUAUUAGGACGGCCCUCGAGGUAUUUACGAUACCCCGUACUGGCGGCGAUCAUACUUGUCUCGUUCAGAAAGCAAUGUGGGAAAGCUUCAGAGAACUUAAAGAUCGUCUUCCGAAUCAUUAUUUUACGGAGAAGAUAUUGAAAGGUGCAUUAAAACCGCUGUUUUUGGCUUUGGAUCAUUUGCAUGCUAAAUGCAAACUUGUUCAUACCGACAUUAAGGCGGAUAAUACUCUAUCUGAAAUCGAGGACAAAUCCAUUCUCGAUGCCUUUACAGAAGCGGAGAUGAAUUCUCCUUCACCUCGCAAGGUAAUCGAUGGUGUGACUGUGUAUAGCUCACGGAGAUUCGAUGUCCCAAGAAUCUUCGGUGAUUCAGUAUUCAUCGACUUUGGCUCCGCAGUUCGAGGAGCAAUGAUCUGGGAUCUCUCUGAGGGAAGGCAUAUGUUUCAUGGUGAAGAUAGCGAUGGAAAAGGCUAUUCUACUCGUGCUCAUCUAGCAGAGAUUAUUGGAAUGCUGGGACCUCCUCCCAUGGAUUUUCUCGAAAGGGGUAUUCGGACUCCCGAGUUCUUUGAUAAACAAGGUGAUUGGAUAGCAGAGAUGACUAUUGCGAGAGAUGUGGAAUUAGAGAAAAUGGAAGUACGUCUUCAGGGUAGGAAUAAGGAGAUUUUUUUGAAUAUGAUGAGUGGCAUGCUUCAAUGGCGACCGGAAGAUAGGAAGUCUUCUAGGCAAUUGGCUGAUGAUCCUUGGAUUAAUGAGAUACAUAUUACAUAA